AUGGCCUGUCGCGUGCGAUUCGCAUUUUGCCCACUGGCUGCUGCAGUGCUGCAGAGCGACCACUUGGUCUGGGUGCCAAGUGGCAGGCUGCUUCAAGCUCAAAUCCUGCAGGGGAAGACACGUGGAAGGUGUUGGAAAUCGCUUUUAGGAAGUGCCAUAGCUUGUGAGAGGGCGAUGGCUGCUCCCCAUGUGGCAGCUGAUGCAGCUCGUGCUGAACUACAGGCUGGUGUGGCUCGCAAGAUGUUGGCCUCCAUGCCUGACCGUGCCAAGCAGAUCAUCUUUGACGGAGACUUUGGUGGGUCGCAGUUGGACUUAGCGGCGAACUACGUUUGGAUCCGACCCCUUGCAGAGAGUUUUCCAGAGGUCGUCCCAGGAGGUAUCCUGUUGACGGACAUUUGGCUGUAUCUUGACAGGCUACUUGGCUUCAAGCUUCUCGUGCUGAAAGAUGUCCCGAAGGUGAACCAAGCAGCCACGGAAGCCGGCCGCUGCAAGAAGCUUAUGGGGGCAUUGCGAUAUCUCUAUCGCAACAGCUUGACGAGCCACCACCCUCGCGUCACAGAACUGAAAAGCCUUCUGAGACCAUCUCCGAUGUCCAGAGUUUCUUGUUGGGGUCAAGUUCAGCUGUAUCUUACAAGAUUUUUUUUGGCAACCUGUUUGAUUUGCCGCAACCUUUGUUUUUCUAUGUGUUGCCUGUGUCAUCCCUAUAGGCCAGGCGUGCGCGAGCGAUGCAGUUUGCAGUGCGGGUGGAGGGCUUGCCUGAUGCUGUCGCUGAUGGGGAGGUGGGGAUUUUGUCAAACGCAUUUGUUUUGA